AGAAUAUGACAUUUGUGUGUACGAAUUUUCUGUAUUUUGCGUUUUUACACCUACACAGACUUGUAACGAUUUGGCUACAUUAUAAUUAAAAUAGAGGGGGUCGUCGCCGAUAGUUUUCAGAAUUGUGGGAUAUGUAGUUUUUAGUAGCGGCGAUGCUAGCUACGCAUACCAUGUGGCGCUAGUCUUUGGUAGAAGCUGUGCGAAACUGCAAAACCUACAAACUUUGCCGCCUCAAGCUUGGUGGUCAGUGUUGUCAGUCAGCAUGUCGUUUUGUUUUAACUUCGACCUUCCAGCACAAACAACGAACCCCGAAGACGUGGAUGGAAAUGAACUACAACACGGAAAGAAAGACCAUGCUGUUGUGUGUACAGAGGAUAGUGCCAAACCAGCAGAACCAGUAAAAGAGGCCAACGAGCACUUUCCGCCAUCUGAUCCACAGUUCCUCCUUAUGGAUGCUGUCUUUGAAACAGUUACAGUUGGAGCUCUUCCUCCUCUGCACUUCCUCAAUGAGACCGUUUUUGAGAAGACCGCCUCGGAGAGAGAGGACGAGGAAAAAAUUCUUUCACGCAUGGCGGAGCAGAAGUAUGAUCUCAUCUCUGGUGUAUACGAGGGAGGGCUGAAGGUGUGGGAGUGCACUUAUGACCUUCUGCAACUGAUUGAGAAAGAUGGAGAGACCUUUCGGGGAAAGGCGGUUUUGGAUUUGGGGUGUGGCGCAGGGCUGUUGGGAAUACUGGCUCUGAAGAGGGGAGCCAGGCAGGUCCACUUCCAAGAUUAUAACAGUACAGUCAUUGAACAGCUCACAGUGCCAAAUGUAAUGGUAAACUGCCAAGAGGAUGACGACGUAGACAGUGAAGAUGACAAAGAAGGGAAGGGGGAAAUGAAGGAGGAAGACAGUUGUAAAAAGAAGGUAAAAGGGGAGAAGGAGAGCCCGCCUCCUAAGAAACAAGCCAUAGACUUAGCCCAGCACCCAUUACUAACCAGGUGUCGUUUUUUCUCUGGUGACUGGAGCACAUUUCUUGCUUUGGUUCUAAAGACAGAGCCACCACCCAAAUAUGACAUUAUAUUCACAUCAGAGACUAUCUACAACACUGCGUACUACCCUGCUCUACACGAGACCCUCCACAAACUGCUGGCACCAGAUGGUCUGGUUUACCUCGCCACCAAAUCCCACUACUUUGGUGUAGGUGGUGGAUUACAUCUUUUUGAAGCAUUUGUGGAGCAGAGGCAUGUUUUCGCUCUGGAUCGCCUGUGGGACGGAGAAGAAGGACUGCAGAGACAUGUAGUAGUACUGCGUUUUAAAAAGCCAAAGGACACUUGAAUAAGGACUGUGAGAAACUCCUGUCCUCUGUUGGUAGUGGAUAUAUUACUGGAGAAUUGAAUUAAAGUAAAUAAAAAAUAGAGACAGAAUGUUACUUGAUUUUUGUGGCCAGUCCUGAUUUAUAUUUUUAGGAAGCAAAAGAUUGCUAUGUCAGCUGAUAUUCCCCCUUCAGUAUCGGCCAACUGUAUUUGUAUGACUUUCGUCUUUAUUUUGGCAUGUCGAA